UGAUGCCCGUCAUGCGGUCAGUUUUCCAAUAUCACAAGAGAAACUUGACUCACGGCAGAAGCAUAUUGAUAAUCCAACCUGUUACUUCCGAAUCUUUGUAGAGAGAGAGAAAGCCCCUUCCAAACCAUGCCAGACAUUGUCCAUAAGAAAUUACUCCUGACGGGAUUCCAACCAAACGUCCCGCUGCCACAGCCCUUCAGGGAGCAUUACGGGACAGAGGAAGAAAUCGGUGCAAAGAUUCGCAACGACCACGCUCGUAUCCAGCGCGCCGGCAUUACACCUGUUGCGUGUCUGCUGGACUCUCAAGAGAUAGAAAAGAGUCUCAAGGAAAUGGAGGAGCUUCUGCGGGAAGGGGGCUACGACGCCAUUGGCAUUGGGGCCGGGGUGAGAAUUGUCCCCGCCCAUUUGGCAUUAUUCGAACGCAUGGUCAAUAUGUGUAUUACGCUUGCGCCUGGCGUUCCACUCUUCUUCAAUGACGGCCCAGGUGGGAACACAGCAGCCAGUGAGUGAUUUCUAAAAUUUCCAUGAACCCCUUUAAGAAGUUA